AGCGGGUCCGCUGUUUCACGUUGCUGAGACUUGAUUUGGCAGCUGAUCAUGUCUGGACGCGGCAAGCAGGGCGGCAAGGCGCGCGCCAAGGCCAAGACGCGCUCGUCGCGGGCCGGGCUGCAGUUCCCAGUGGGCCGCGUGCACCGGCUGCUGCGCAAGGGCAACUACGCCGAGCGCGUGGGCGCCGGCGCGCCCGUGUACCUGGCGGCCGUGCUCGAGUACCUGACGGCCGAGAUCCUGGAGCUGGCGGGCAACGCGGCGCGCGACAACAAGAAGACGCGCAUCAUCCCGCGCCACCUGCAGCUGGCCAUCCGCAACGACGAGGAGCUCAACAAGCUGCUGGGCAAGGUCACCAUCGCGCAGGGCGGCGUGCUGCCCAACAUCCAGGCCGUGCUGCUGCCCAAGAAGACCGAGAGCCACCACAAGGCCAAGGGCAAGUGAGCGCGCGCCGCCCGGCCUUGCCCGGCCCGCGCCCGCACCAAAGGCUCUUUUCAGAGCCACCACGG